AUGGUGGAAUCAGAGAGGUUAAAAUUCUUUAGGUGUAAACAACCACAGUUGAGGGUUGAUAAAUACAAAUAUCUGCAUGAAAGUCUUAUAAACAAGGAUGUAGAUGCUGCAAGGCUUGGCAAAAGAAUCAUUUUUCCUAGUACUUUUACCGGUGGACCUAGAUAUGCAGGAUAUCCUAGCUAUUUUAUCACCUUGACCUACGUUUGCACUGUAGAAUUUCAAAAGAGAGGGCUUUUGCAUGCACAUAUCCUUUUAUUCAUGAGUAACGAGUUCAAGCAACAAACAUCAUAUGACAUAGAUAAACAUAUAACAGCUGAGAUUCCUGAUGAAAAUGAAAGGCUAAAUCUACAUGGAGCUAUUCAAAAUUUCAUGGGUAAUGAUCGCAUAACAGCUACUCUAUACAAUGCUGGUGAUCCGCCAGAAGCCACACAAGUUGUUGAUGAAAUUAGAAAUUGCUACUAUUGUAGGUACAUUUCGGCAUGUGAGGUAGUCUGGCGUUUAUUUGGAUAUGAAAUCCAAGAGAAAGAACCAUUUGUGAUUAGACUUCCAUUCCAUUUGGAGGAUGAGCAACCUGUGGUUUAUGGUGAAACUUCUAAUGUGAAUGAUAUUGUCAAAAGAGCAAUAUCUCAUAAGUUCAUAUUUUUGGGAUGGAUGACAGCAAACAUCUCAUAUCCCUAUGCUCGAAAUCUGACUUAUGCUGAGUUUCCAACCAAGUUUGUUUGGAAGGACGAUUCUUUAAAGUGGUUUCCUCGAAAGAAAGGCUUUGCAAUUGGAAGGUUGACUCAUGUACCUACAGCAAAUACCGAAGAAUACUACCAACGACUUCUCUUGAAUACUCAAAAAGGAUGUAUGAGUUUGCGAGAUAUAAGAACAGUAGGAGGAAUAAUUUAUGCUACGUAUAGAGAUGCAUGCUUCGCCCUUGGACUCUUGCAAGAUGACAAAGAAUUCAUUGAUACAAUUAAGGAAGCAAGCUCAUGGGCCUCAGGAUCAUAUGUUAGGAGGUUAUUUGUCAUUCUAUUAACAUCCAAAAAUAUCUCAAGACCAGAACAUGUUUGGGAUAGAUGUUGGCAUCAACUCUCAGAUGAUAUUUUGUAUCGACAGAGAGCCGUGAUGAACAUAAGGGAGUUAACAAUGUUAGAUGAUGAGAUUAAGCAGUUGUGCUUAAUGGAUAUAGACAAGAUCUUACAUUUCUAUGGUAAAAUCUUCAAAGACUAUCCUCAUAUGCCUUUAACAACUGAAGUUGAUAGUUCUUUGUUAACUGAAAGGGUUAUUAAAGAAGAGCUAAAUUUUAACAGGGAUGAUUUAAAGAAAAAUGUCUCAGACAUGUUAGCUAUUGCAACAUCUGAGCAGAGAUAUACAUUCGAUAAAAUUGUUACAGCUGUGUAUUGUGAUGAAGGAGGGGGUGAUAUAGUUUUAAACAUUGCUUCAAGUGGUAUUGCAUCUUUACUUUUUCCCAAUGGAAGAACGGCACACUCAAAGUUCAAAACACUGCCGAAUAUAACUGAAGAUUCUGUAUGUAACAUCAAACCUGAUUCCCCUCAAGCAAUAUUACUAUUGAAAGCCAAACUUAUAUUUUGGGAUGAGGCUCCAAUGGUUAGUAGGUACUGCUAUGAAGCACUUGAUAAAUGCUUGGGUGAUAUCAUGAGGUGUUCUCCAAUAUAUAGCAAAGAUUUACCUUUUGGAGGAAAAGUGGUUGUACUAGGUGAAGACUUUAGACAAAUUUUUUCUAUCAUUCUACGAGGAUCGAGACAAGAUAUUGUUCAUUCAACCGUGAAUUCGUCUUACCUUUGGAAGUUUUAUUAA